GUGACACGGAACGCAAGGGCAGAGUCCGGGUACACAGGGAAGGAGUACGCUACCAUAUCAUACGUGAAACACUAUAUAUUUUUUUUUUGGAAGUAUCGUCAACUCUCUCAGGAAGACGGGAAUGGCGCUGUGAUUACUCAUUAUUAGGUUCUCCUUGUCUUACGACCUCUGAUGCUGAGUGUGACUUUCGAUGACGUCUGCUAGCGUCUACGUGGUGACCUCACGACCACCUUCCCCUACACACAUGUGGUGGGCGGUGGUGACAGCGUGGUUGUGGUUAACCCCUGUAGUCUCAGGACAGUAUGGGCUCCUCGCGCCGGCCUUCUUGUCACUGAGGAGCGACCCUGGGGUGUUGUUGUCCUCGUCGGCAGCUCUCAGGUCAGGGGCGGUCCCCAGCACGCUCCUGACCAAGCUGGGGGAGCGUCCGCCUCUCCCCCGCCGCAGUGCCUCCACCAGGGAGAGCGAGAUAGCCGCCAUCUUCAGGGGCGUGGCCUACGGCGCCCCGACCCAGGGUCCAAACUCCACAUCACCUGUCCCACCCACAACCACCACCACCACUACUACCACCAGCACUACCACCACGACCCCCACCACUACCCCCAGGGAGGAAUACAGGCCCUGGGCAAUGGAGGAUGGAGGGGUGGAGGUAGUGGGACUACCACACAACACUGUGGUGUCUACAGCAGCAGGAGGGGAGGUCUCCUACGUCCUCCACGACGCCACCAACGUCAGUGACGACGGGGAGGCGCCACCACGACCAUCCCAGGCCACCAUCCUGAUGGACGAUACAGCCACAGUGCCCGCGGCCGCCACCAUCGCCACCACGGAGGAGGGUGUGAGGGGCUGGGGGGAGAGAGAGACGACGCCUCUUAUAGUGGAUAUGUCUGAGGUGCGGUGGUGGCUGGGGGCCGCCUGGUGGGUGCACGUGUACGUGUCUGCAGGUCUGUUGGCCCUGCUGGCUGCUGCUGCCCUCUGCUGCAUGGUUCGAUCCACCUCGGGCGUGGUGCUGCCCCGCCCACACUACCUGGGUAUCCACACACUGGUGUUCCUGGCCGCCGCCCUCAGAAGUCUCCACUUGUUCCAUGAUCCCUACGGCGUGGAGCGCCGCCUUCCCGAGGCUGCGGCGGCGGCGGUGGAGGAGACCAGCUGGCCUUGUUUGACGGCAGCACUGGCGGUGCUUGUGGUGGUGUUGGCCCGGGCAGGGGGUCACUCACGGCCCACACGUCCACACGCCACCCUCGUACUCACCCUCAUGACGGCACUGCAUCUGUCCGUAUCCAUCACCGCCCACUUGGCCGCCCACCUGCUAGUGAAGUACGCUCUCCCCUUGCGGGUGGUGGCCCGGGCCGUGACGGCCACUUGGGGAGGUGGAGUGGGAGGUGGUGGGGUGUGGGCUGGUUGGCGGGCGGAGACGUGGGCGGGGGGUGAACGGGGUCAGCUGCUAGCAAGGGUUACACGAUGGGGCGGGGGAGCCACCCAAAAUUCUGGCCUCCAGCGUGGCGCCCGCCUGGCCCUGGUGGCCAGUGUGGCCCAAAUAGUGUUGGCCAUAUUGCAGCUUUACAUAUUGGUAGCGCCCCUCACCCCCGCCGCCCAUGUGUGGGCUUGGUGGACCCGCGUGAGCCUGGCCCGGGGGCUGGAGCUGGUGGUGGGCGUGGCGGUGGUGACGGCGGCAGGGCUGCUGGCCCAGGGGCGCCCCGCCCACGCCCGCCACGACACACACAUCUUCUCCGUGUUAACCAGCUGUGGACGGGAAGCACGGGUGGUGAAGGGCGGGCGUAGUGCCAACGUGUUCCCUGCCAGCUCGGAAAAGCAGCACAUCCUGGGCAGCUUCACCCUGCGGCCCGCCCACCACACCCUCGACCACACCGUCAAGCGGCCGCCCCUCGACUGGGCCUCGCCCGACCAGCCCGACCACAACACCAACCUCCACUCCGUCACGUCAGACUUCCAGCUCCUCUGGAAUCGCGAGAGAACACAGUCAGCUACCACCUUCCGGCCGCCCUCCAUGUUGGUCAACGACAGCGGCUUCGUCAGGUUCCGUACCCAAGUGGACCCAGAGCAGGCAAUGGACGACGUGUUCAACCAGUCGUCCCUCAACCUGCGUAACGCGAAGUCCUCUGCGUCGCCGUACAUCAAGACACAUCACAACUACAGCAGCCAGACAUUGCCCUCCACCAGGUACUACUGCGGCCCCGUCACCAGCGUGUCCUCCCCCGAGCGUUCGCCCAUCAGGAAGCCGAUCAGGUCUCAUACCACCCGUGGGCGGCGGGCGGGGAGCAGAAUGGGCCAGUUGCGUCCCGUCUCCCCCACCCAACAUCACCUCACUCUGCCGGCGUCCUCCGCCAGCAGGUACGACGUUUGCAAUUACGACGACUACGAGGUGGCGCCCUACUACCACCAUCAUUCUGGAAGCGUCUCCGGCAGUAGUAACAUGUACGCCACGCCCCACGCCAACUCCCCGCGUCGUCAUUAUUCCACGCUCGGCAGUCGUCGCGAACCGCUAGUAGGCGUCCACACAGGUCGCCAGCUGACCCAGGACAUCAGGGUGUGUCAGCCCUCGGACGCUCUCAGCGGCGUACUAGAACCCAGCACGUGUUCGUCCCUGUCAGAGAUCCACGUGGACUACCUGACCGACGUGUCCUCCUCUAACGACGGCGUCAGCCAGGGGUCACUCCCCUUCCCCUGCCAGCGACCACGGCGACACCACCACCUGCUAACUCUCCCCCUUACCUCCACCCAUUACGCACACUCCAACCCCACACACACCCACAGCCACGCCCACAAAACCCCCAGCUCUCCCCCCUCCUCACCCAGCCACCAGCCGGAUGUAACCCCGGACUCGGCCGUGGUGCUGGACUACUGCUCGUCGGGCGAGGAAGAGGGGGAGGAGACUGCGGACCCUCGCGAGUCGCAGCAGCAGGGGGAAGACUUAAUGCGUCUGAGCAGCACGUCCCUGAGCAGCGAGGUGAAGGGCCAGGCAGGGUCACGCUCAGGGCUGCUCAGUAAGCUUGUGGGCAGCAGCAUGAGCGUCAGUUGCUACGGCUAUUCCCCCCUGGAUGUUGAUGACACGUCCUCCCCUUCCCAGGAGACUCCAGCAACAGCUGUAGCCAAGGUGCGGCGAGUGGCGUCUUCCAGCGAUCUCCAAGAGGUGUGUGAGGCCUCCAGGACGACCUCCACGUUACCUCGACCCCCAGAUACUGUGACGUCACUUUGAGGCAGUUUACCAUACCUGGAGGUUUUGUGUUUACCUCCACACCUCAUCAUGACAAGGGGGAGGGGGUCUAUUCUCUCACAUCCACACACCAUCACUACCAUCCCCUGUCUCUUACUUCACCCCCUCCAACACCUUCACACUCCCCUCACCCACCCACACACCACAC